AAAAAACAUAACCCCUCAAAUAUAAAGGAUCUCUCUCUCUCUCAAGUCAAGCUCUCAACUGUGUUCACAAGAACUUUCCCCACCGCUUUCCUCUCUUCGUUGAAAAGUCUUUUCUUCGCCUUUCAAACUCUUUUCUUCUUCAUGGACGCUAUCCUCCAAGUUUCUGUUGAUGGCUUCAGAUUCGAAAACGGAUCUGGAUCCGGAUCUUGCUGCAAACCAAGAAACAAUCUCGAGACUCAGAACCAGUCUUCACCACCGACAGAUUCUCCAUCUCCACCGUCGAUAUGUCAGGACAACGCUCCUGUUCUCAAGUACAUCAAUGACAUGUUGAUGGACGAAGAAGACUUCGUUGAGGACAAUUUAGCCUUGCAAGCUGCUGAGAGAUCCCUCCACGAGUUACUCCACCAACCAUCAUCAUCAUCUUCCGAGUCUGAUGAUCACAGCACAACAACAACAACAACGACUUUAACAGAUUCAGGAGAAUCUCAUAGAAAGUACCGCCAUCGAAACGACGACGGAGAUGAUGAUGUCGAGAACGGUAGGAGAAACAAACAACCUGCAAUCUUCGUCUCUGAGAUGGAAGAGCUAGCAGCAAAGCUCGAGCACGUGUUGUUGAUAUGCAAAUCGAACCAAGAAGACAACUCUUCUUCUUCAACAACAACAACAACAACAAACAGAGCGAAAGGCGGCUCCUCAUCAAACAAAUCCAAGACUCUUAAACAACCCAAAGCCGUUGUAGAUCUCCGUAGCCUCUUGACUCAAUGCGCACAAGCCGUAGCGAGCUUUGACCACAGAAGAGCCACGGAGAAACUCAAGGAGAUAAGAUCAAACUCUUCAAGCAGCGGAGACGGGAUCCAAAGACUAGCUUUCUACUUCGCAGAGGCUCUCGAAGCACGCAUCACAGGCAUCAUCUCACCCCCGCUCUGCACUGCCUUCCCUUCGAGCACGACCUCCAUGGUCGACAUCCUCAAGGCUUACAAGCUCUUCGUCCACGUCUGUCCCAUCUACGUAGCCGACUACUUCGCUGCAAACAAAUCAAUCUACGAGCUCGCCUUGAACUCAACUAAGCUACACAUCAUCGACUUUGGUGUCCUCUACGGCUUUCAAUGGCCUUGUCUGUUACUAGCCUUGUCUAAACGUCCCGGAGGACCACCGAUGCUACGUGUCACUGGAAUCGAGCUGCCUCAGUCUGGUUUCCGACCUUCGGACAGAGUUGAAGAGACUGGUCGGAGAUUAAAAAGGUUCUGCGACAUGUUCAACGUCCCGUUUGAGUUCAACUUCAUAGCCAAGAAAUGGGAAAGCAUCACUCUCGACGAGAUAACCAUCAAUCCAGGAGAGACAACAGUCGUUAACUGCAUCCACCGGUUACAGUACACUCCCGACGAGACGGUCUCGCUAGACUCACCGAGAGACACGGUUCUGAAGCUCUUCAGAGAUAUCAACCCUGACCUCUUCGUCUUCGCUGAGAUCAACGGAACCUACAACUCUCCUUUCUUCAUGACGAGGUUCAAAGAAGCGCUCUUCCAUUUCUCCUCCCUCUUCGACAUGUUCGACACCACGAUACAGGCCGAGGACGAGUACAAGAACAGGGCGCUGCUGGAGAGAGAGCUGCUGGUGAGAGACGCCAUGAGCGUGAUAUCCAGCGAAGGAGCUGAGCGGUUCGCGAGGCCUGAGACGUACAAGCAGUGGAGGGUUAGGAUACUGAGAGCAGGGUUUAAGCCGGCGUCGGUAAGCAGAGAGAUCUUGAAAGGUGCUAAAGAGAUUGUGAGGAAACGUUACCAUAAAGACUUCUUGAUAGAUAGUGAUGGUCACUGGAUGCUUCAGGGGUGGAAAGGAAGAGUUAUCUAUGCUUUUUCUUGCUGGAAACCUGCAGAGAAGUCAACGAGAGAUGAUCAUAUAAUCAUCGUUUGAAAAGUUUUUACUUCUUCUGCUCUCUAUUGCUUCAUUUUUUUUGUUUGCCAAUGGUAUUGUAGAAUCUGCUUGUUUACAAUGAAUGGAAUGCAUCUCAUCUUUCCUGCAA